AUGAGUGAUGAUGCGUUAUUCGCUUGGGAUUGCGAAACGUAUUCAGAAAAAAACAGUCGAAGAGCAAUUCCUUAUGCCUGCACUUUAAUUAAUUUAGAAAAACUAAGAAAAAAGUUAGAAACGAUAAAAAAUAUCUUUCCAAAUAUAAAUCCUACUGAUAAUGUUCCAGAAGAAUUUUAUGAUAAACUAAUGAAUGUAGUAGAACUAUUUGUAGGUACAGAUUGUAUAGAUCAAAUGUUGAAAUAUUUAGGUCAAUUUGAUAGAAAGAGAUUAAUAUUAAUUUCUCAUAACGGUAGUGGAUUCGACAACUGGAUCGUGCUUAAAAAUGCAAAAAAACUAACGCAUUGCCCUUUAAAAACACCCAGAGGAAUUCUAUCUUUUCCUUUAUCUAAUCCAUACACAGAUGAAGAUUUACAGAAAAAAUGGAAAAGACAGAAAGAAAUAAAGGGUAAUUAUUUACAACAUAUUAAUUUCACGUGUUCCUAUCAAUACGAAUCCUCUAGUUUGGCUGCAUGGGGAAAUUCUUCCAAUCUUCCCACGAAUUUGAGAAAGAUUGCCGACGUAGAUAUCGCUAAAUACACGCAAGACAACUGGGAGGAAUUGAGACACGAAUGGGAACCUUACGCCAAGAGAGACACUCUCUGUUUGGGAGCUUGUUUGAUAAAAUACAACCAAGUCACGAAAGAAGUUGUAAACCAGAAUAUGUCCAAUAAUCUAACGGCUCCAUCUUUAUCUUUAAAGGGUUGGUAUUAUUUAUAUCAUUACGAUAAAGAAAUGGUUGAAGAAGAAUGGUAUGAAACUACUAGAAUGGUUGCGAAACAUACCGAAAAAGAAAAUAUAGAAAAAGUUUAUUCGCACACUAAUCCUUUUAUAAGAAAUUUUAUCAGACGAUCUAUUAAAGGGGGAAGAGUUUCGGCAAAUAGAAAAUCAUUUGAAACGAACAAAAUGGAUGAAAUUUGUAACGUAUCAAAGGAAUAUAUUUCACAAACAGAAAUGCAAGCACAAAAGACAAAACGGAGGUUCAUUCGAGACUUAAAAAAAAUAGAAUGUACUAAACUAAUGGCAUUUGAUUCUAACAGUUUAUACGCUUCCGCCAUGUCGGAUUUAGACAGUGAAUAUCCGAGAGCGGAAAGUGGAAGACCGUUUCUACCAGAAGAAGAAAAAGAAUUUGUAAAACUCUUCAAUAAACAAAAAUUCAGACCUAGAACAGCUAUUUUAACAGUGUGGUUUGACUAUCCCAAAACCAUGUUCUUCCAACCGAUACCAGCUAAAGAUAAAAUCACUUUCACGAAUAAAGAAGGUAAAAAGGAAACUGGUAACAAAAUCAGGUUCAGAAAUGGUUUCUGUCACGACGUUUUAACAUCGGUCGAUAUUCAAGAAAUAGUGAAAGCCGGUGGACGAAUUAUUAGAAUAUUAGAUGGUAUAGUUUACGAAGAAAAUUUUGAAACCCCACCCUAUAGAGAUCAUAUUUUAAUUUUGAGAGAUUUAAGAAAUAAAUAUAAACGAGAAGGUAAUAUUGUGGGUAGUAACUGCAUGAAAUUAUUAGGUAAUUCCUUGUAUGGUAAAUCAAUUCAGAAAGAUAUAUUCACAACUAGACAUUUAUGGAAUGAAGCAACUUUACAGGCCAACUUUGAUUCACGUGUUAAAACCUAUGAGAAAAUUAAUGAUACUCAAUAUAUUGUUGAAACAAGAAUUGAAGAAAAAGAGAUUACUACCGAAGAUAGUAAAUCUACACGACUAACACCUAGUCAUUUGGGAUCAUUCGUAUUAUCUCACAGUAAAAAAAUAAUGAACAAUUUCAUUCACGUCAUAAAUGGAUUUUAUAAACCCGAAAUAUACUAUACCGACACCGAUAGUUUGUACAUUUCAUCCAAAAAUUGGAAAAAACUAAACAGAACUGGUUUGGUCUCCGAAAAAGACUAUUGCAAAGGUAAAAACGAUUACGGUGACGGUGGAAUUAUAUUUGGUUUAUAUUUAGCACCAAAAGUCAAAUACAACAUCGUUUUGACUUCUGAUGGUGUUUUGAAAGAAAAGAAAACGUUUAAAGGUUAUUCUAAUGAUAAGAUAAGUGUAGAAGAUUACGUUCAUUUAGCAAGCGGACAUGAUGUGUCGAACGAAUUUAAUAAACCAUGGGAAAAAAGUUUCACCAAUGGAGUAGUUAUUCCAAAUGAUAAACAAACUAAAGUUUUUAGAAGUUAUUUGAAUAAUGUUAAAAGAAAACCACCAAACAGUGAAGGAAUUAUGUAUCCUUACAACGACAAAGAUGAGUAUAGUUUUGAUGAAAACUAUGAAUUUGAUGAUUUCGAUUAUCUUACUAUUCAAGAAGAGAAUGAAGAUUGUUUUAAAUGA